AUGGCAUCUGCCACCACGGCAGCCGGCGCCGCUGCCACUGGCGGCGGCAUGGACCACGACAUGAGCGCCAUGAUGGGAAAGGGAGGGCUCUGCAAGAUCUCGAUGCUCUGGAACUGGAAUGUCAUCAACACCUGCUUCAUCUCCAAGCACUGGCAAAUCACCUCCAGGGGCAUGUUUGCGGGUUCCUGCAUCGGCAUCAUCCUGCUCGUCAUCGCCCUGGAGGCUCUCCGUCGCCUGUCCAAGGAAUACGACCGCUUCCUCAUCAAGCAGCACACGGCAAAGUUCCGAGACGCCUCCUCCUCUGCUCCCAUCGCCCUCGCGGCCAAGCCGGCCAAGUCCGAGUCCGUCACCAGCCAGGAGGCGGCUCGUCCCGCAGGCGUGGCCAUGCCGCCCUUGCGCCCCAGCGUGCUCCAGCAGGCCAUCCGCGCGCUGCUGCACGUGGCUCAGUUUGCGGUCGCCUACUUUGUCAUGCUGCUGGCCAUGUACUACAACGGCUACUUCAUCAUCUGCAUCUUCAUCGGAGCCUACAUCGGCUCCUUUGUCUUCCACUGGGAGCCGCUCACCGCUGGGUAA